CUAUGCCUCGAUGUUUCCAACUCUGAUUUAUUGAGGUGAGGAAAAAACAGGAUCAGGGCCAUCAACAUAAUGAUGUUGUAAAGAUUUGUUAAACACCCAUGUCGAAGAUGGAGAGGGAAUAUGAUCAUUUGUUCAAGUUAUUGAUUAUAGGAGACAGUGGUGUUGGGAAGAGCAGUAUAUUACUAAGAUUCUCUGAAGAUCUGUUUUCAGGUUCUUACAUAACCACUAUUGGUGUGGACUUUAAAAUUCGAACUAUAAAUGUUGAAGGUGAAAGAGUUAAAUUACAAAUAUGGGAUACUGCUGGCCAGGAAAGAUUUAGAACUAUCACCUCCACUUACUACCGUGGAACGCAUGGUGUUAUUGUGGUGUACGAUGUUACGAAUGCCGAAUCUUUUGUUAAUGUUAAAAGGUGGCUGCAAGAAAUUGAUCAGAAUUGUGAUGUGGUAAAUAAAGUUUUAGUUGGUAAUAAAAAUGAUUGUCCCGAUAAGAAAGUAGUUGAAACUGAAGAUUCAAAAAGAUUUGCUCAACAGAUGGGUAUAGCAACAUUUGAAACUUCAGCGAAAGAUAACAUUAAUAUAGAAGAGGUUUUCAGUCAUAUAACAAAAUUAGUCCUACGUACGAAAAAGGAACAACAAGCGAAAGCGAACGAAGCCAAUAAACCGCAUGGUAUAACGCUAGAAAGCAAGAAAAAGAAAGGAAAGAACAAAUGUUGUUAGCAAGCUUGAAUUUUAUACUGGUUUAUUAUGUCACACCAAUCACGUAAUUUAAUAUGGUCGCCGUGUUAUAGAAUCCAUCAACGUAAAGAGGAUCAUGCUUAGAAUAAAAUAGAUCUAAAUCGAAGUAUAUCUUAAUCACCAACACUCUGGACAACUGCUAGAGUUUAUUUCUGCAACUAAUAGAUAUUAUGUAACUUUUUAUAGGACAGAACUGUCUAUAACCACAAUGUAGUCUGUAGCGAUGCAUAUGGUGUAAACAGGUGGUAUAUAUCGCCAUAGGAUUACUUUGCAGCAGAGGUAGAUCUUUUUGAAGCAAGAGAAAUUUUGUAUUAAUUGGAAGCCUGUCCAUAUAACUUCUUUGUAUUCUCCAACUUUUUACAAGCGUUUCGUACUGAUACAAGAAUUUUUUAUUUGUAAUAAAGUGCACCAAACUAUGUGUUUUUCCAGUAAAAUAUCUACUUAUUAAAAAGUAUAUUGAAAAAUAUAAAUUGAUAUUAAAGCAAUAAUUUGUAAUAAUUAGUUGGUGGUCGAAUUUUAGUCUUUUUUAAUAAAGAUCUUUCUGUGUAUUUUCGUGUUCAUAUAAGUCGUCAUUUUGUGUCGCUUCUUCAGAUUAGACUUGGCUCGAUAUCCUCAUACACAACACGGAUGAUAUGCCUCGUUUUUUGUUUUAUUUACAACAUGCUUAUUUGUUUUUCAACUUGUUUAUCACACUUUACAAGAGUAAAGUUUACAGGCUUAUAAUUUAUGGAUUUUUAUUUACCUUUUAAACAUCUGGUAUCUAAGGUACGAAAUAAAUACUGCGUUAUUGUAUAUAUCUAUUUUUCGAAAGAAAAUUUCUCUGACAAUUAUGUAAUUGUCUUCAAUCUUCGUUAAA